AUGUACCUGAUCACUGUGUUGGGAAACCUGCUCAUCAUCCUGGCCAUCAUCUCAGACUCCCACCUCCACACUCCCAUGUACUUCUUCCUCUGCAACCUGUCCUUUGCAGACAUUUGUUUCACCUCCACCAUCAUCCCAAAGAUGCUGUGGAACAUCCAGACUCACAACACAGUCAUAACCUAUGAAGGCUGCAUCAUCCAGACUUACUUUUUCUUAUUAUUUGGAGGACUGGACAUCUUCCUUCUGACCGUGAUGGCCUAUGACAGGUUUGUGGCCAUCUGUCACCCCCUGCACUACAUGGUUAUCAUGAAUCCCUGGGUCUGUGGUUUCCUGGUUCUAUCAACUUUUAUUGUGAGUUUCCUGUGUUCCUUGUUACAAACUUUAAUGGUAGUGCAGUUGUCCUUCUGUACAAAUAGGGAAAUCCCUCAGUUUUUCUGUGAAACCAGUCGGGUGGUCAAACUUGCCUGUUCUGAUACCUUCGUCUGUGACACGGUGAUGUAUUCUGCAGCAGCGCUGCUAGGUGGCAGUUCCCUAACUGGUAUCCUUUACUCUUACUCUAAGAUAGUUUCCUCUAUAAAUGGAAUCUCAUCAGCUCAGGGUAAGUAUAAAGCAUUUUCCACCUGUGCCUCUCACCUCUCAGUUGUCUCCUUAUUUUAUUGUUCAGUCCUAGGCAUGUACCUUAGCACUGCUGAUACCCUCAGCUCACAUUCAAGUGCAACAGCCUCGGUGAUGUACAGUGUGGUUACACCCAUGCUGAACCCCUUCAUCUACAGUCUCAGGAAUAAAGACAUAAAAGAGGCUCUGAAGGUAUUCUUUGGGAAGGAAAGCAUAAAAGGGAUAACUGUCCUGGGGCGAAAGACCUGCCAUUGA